AUGCUAGCCCGAGUCUGCCUCGCGGCACUUCUUUCCGCUGUCCCAGUCUUUGCUGUCCCAACUUCAAGCUCCAAGAUAGCCAAUACCGGACUUCUCGUCGAAACCACUAGCGGGUUAAUCGAAGGAUUUUUCAACUCUUCGGCCCCCGAUGUCCGUCAAUUUCUUGGUGUUCCUUUCGCCGAGCCACCUGUGGGGGACCUUCGCUUCGCGCGUCCCCAGGAGGCCCAAUCCAAAGGGAAGGUGAAGGCACAAAAGCUUCCGAACUCCUGUAUGCAGCAAUUUAGUAACAGCUCUACCAUUUACACGGAGUAUGAGACGGAGUUCUUGAUCAAUGGUGGAAACUCUGAAGAUUGUCUGUACCUUUCCAUCUGGGCACCUCGGAUUGAGAAUAUUCAAUCCCAGCAACGCCCACUGCCAGUUCUCCUGUACAUUCCCGGUGGUGGAUUUACCAGUGGAGGUCAAAAUUCCCUCUACAAAAUUCCGGAUCAAUGGGUCCAGCGAACACAAUCACACAUAGUGAUCGUCAUGAACUACCGUGUCAAUAUUUUCGGUUUUCCCAACGCGGCAGGGCUCGAGGACCAAAACCUUGGACUCUUGGAUCAAAGACUAGCCGUCGAGUGGGUCCACGCCAAUGUUGGUAACUUUGGGGGUGAUCCGGAGAGAAUCACACUCUGGGGCCAGUCAGCCGGUGCAGCCAGCUCCAGUGUUUACCCAUACGGAUACCCCGAAAACCCUCUCAUAGCCGGUGUCAUUGCAGACUCUGGAAGCCCAAGCAUUGUCACCAAUUCUGACACAGCGCAUACCAACUUCACUUUCAUCGCUGGGUUGGUGGGCUGUGGGAAUCUCAGUACCGACGAGGAGCUCAGCUGUGUGCGAAAAGUCCCUGCCCAGACGCUAGAGAAUGCCCUGUCAUAUUAUGAUAGCAAUGGAACCGAGCCAUCCGUCUCAUUUACGCCCAUCGUGGACAACAAGACCGUCUUUGCAAAUUACACGCAGCGUAUUUUGGAUGGCAAGAUUUCAAAGACGCCCUUGAUCAUCGGAAGCAACUCAAAUGAAGGAGCUGGCUUUGUCUCGUUCACCCCCGAUGGACCCGGUGCCGAAGCGCUGGCGACAGCCACGAAAAUCAUCUCCUGCCCUGUCAAUCAAGAAGUGAAAAAUCGCAACAUUGGAGGUCUCCCGACAUACCGCUACCAGUAUGCUGGAAAUUUCUCGAACAUCUCUCCUUUGUCUUGGUUCGGUGCCUACCACAGUUCAGAACUACCGUUGCUUUUCGGUACCCACAACGAAUACCGGGGUCGCUCUACUAAGUUUGAGUGGGAGGUUAGCUACGCGAUGGAGGCUCUUUGGCUGUCCUUCGCUGAGGAUCCUACGCGUGGACCGGCACGCGUGGCAAUUGGUGAUGUCUCUGGUAAUCCGAACAAUGAGAGUUACUUUGCUUGGCCAGAAUUCAAGCAGGGAAGCUCUAACAUGUUGCUCUUUGCCAAGGAUAAUAAGCUUAUGCAGCUGAUUUCUUCAGAGGGCAUUGAUAAAUCCUGUAGAGAUUUGGUAUGA